AUGGAUAUUGCACAAUCAAUUCAACAAUUAAAUUGUAAUUAUGAUGUCCUAGUUUCACUAUCAGAUAAUUAUAGUAAUUUAAUUAAAGAUGAUGAUAUUACAAUUCAAAAUCUCAUUGAUCAAUUAAAAAGAUUAACCCAAGAUAAUUAUGAAACUGAAGAAAGACUCCAAGAAACAAGAAAUCGAUUGGGAGAUGUUGAAAAAAAAGAAUCUGGUUUACAAAGUGAACUUAAUGAUUUAAGAAAUGAUAUCAAUUCAAUGAACCAGGAAAUUGAAGAUGAUAAAAGAAAAAUCCAAGAACAAAUGCCAAAAUUAGAUGUUCAAACUAUCUUAUCACAUAUUUUCAAUCCAAUUGGAUCAGCAAUCAAUGAUUCAAUAAGAUUUUUCACCAAUAACAUUAAAGAGUUAUCCUCAAAAAUUGAUUAUAAUAAUCAACAAAUCACUCAAAAACAAACAGAAGUUGAUGAUUUACAACCACAAUUGGAUAGUUUUAGAAGUCAAGAAAGUCAAUUAACAAGUAAAAUUAGUUUAUUAAAAGCUCAAGAACAAUUAUUGGAUGAAAGCAUUAAAAAAUGUGGUAUAGAAAAAACAAGAAUUGAAAAUGAUAAAUUAUCUAUUGAACAAAUGAAAACUAAAUGUAUGCUUUUGAUAGAUAGAUGUAAAGAUGAAAAGGAUUUAAUUGAUGAAGGUGUUUUUUUAAAAAAAGAAAUUGAUGAAUUUAAUAAUGAUUUCCAAAAUUUCUUAAAAACUUUAUAG